GGCGCUCUCUUAACACGUCUGCAAGGAAGGAUCCAAAAGGCAAGAAGUGGGGGGGAAAAAUUCCAUGUCAGACAAAUGUUAGUUGUUUUGACUUUAUUACUCGACACUUUCAUUCAGCGGUUUCUCUUUACCCGAACCUGUCUGUCAAACUGUUCCUAAACCUCUCGAGAAUCAUUCCCUCGGUUCCCUUCGGUGGCAGCUGUCGUGCCAUUCUCAAAGAACCCUCUGAUUCUCUUUGCAGUCUGCACGAACGCAUCUGAUCAUCGGGUUCGUUGAUUGGCUGGAUUGCGUCACCACAAAGACAAAUUAGUCUAUUCCGCUCGAGCAAGGCGAGAGGACACGGCGUUCUGCAGUUUGUGACUAUCAACAUCUGUGAGAUCAAGGCAAGCUUGAAUUCUUGAUAUUCAGGUUUGAAGGGUUGGAUUAAAGGCGUGUCUUACAUCAAAACCGCGUUCCGAGUUUCUCACCGUCUCUUGUUAAAAGAGGAUCAAAUCUUGGCGUGGGCCGACCUCGAGAGGAAAAAGCUCAACAAGAGGAAAGGUCCAACAUGUCUUCCUACCAAGCCAUCCCUCCCAAGAAAAGGUCGGGUGCGGGCCUUGACUUUGCGUCUUCUUUCCGUUCUGCAUCGCCGCUGGCCCAAGAGGUGUUGGCCCGAGACUUGGCUGAAUUCUCGGAUGAUGCGGUUGACGAAGUCGACAAUGAAGCUCUAUCCGUAAGCGACAACGAGGACGAGACAUCGGGUCCUACGCUUUACAGACGACCUAGCGGUGUCGCCUUUGGGGCGAUUAGACCUGCCCUAGCUGGGCCCGGAGGACUAGAAGAAGCGCCAAUUCUCACCAGAGCCGAAAGGACGCGAAGUCGUGACGAGGAGCGAUCUCUCCUCAGAGACAACCACAUCCUUCCUCCGAAGCAUGACCGUCCACCGCAAAAGCCGACACUGUUCAGGGCUUUAUAUACCCGAAUCUUCAGUACCAAAGUCCCGCGAAGGAUAUCGGAUGAAGAAGUGGCCGCCAGUCCUAUCCAGAUUGUCAUUGCCCCUCCCACACCAACAGUGACCGAGACUGAGCCAUUGCUUGGUGAAAGAAGUCUCCGACACCGCGGCGCCAUUGGUCACGGCGAUGAACCCUCAUCUCACGAUCACGACCAUGAACACGAGCACCUCAACGAGCAAUGGGAAGCCGCCGUCGCGGCCGGUCAGAUCAAGACCACGUGGCAGCGCGAAGCCAAGACCAUUGCUGUUUAUUCACGCUCUCUCAUCGUCACUUUCCUGCUCCAAUACUCCCUCAACGUCACCUCCAUCUUCGCCGUCGGCCGCCUAGGCACCCUCGAGCUCGGUGCCGUCUCCCUUGCCACGAUGACUGCUAGCAUCACCUGCUAUGCGCCCAUCCAAGGGCUCGCCACCUCUCUCGACACGCUAUGUGCCCAAGCCUACGGAAGCGGCCAUAAGACGCUCGUAGGGCUGCAGCUCCAACGCAUGGUAUAUUUCCUGCUCCUUCUGCUCAUUCCCGUUGCGGCAAUCUGGCUCAACGCCGAGUCGAUCCUGGCCGCCAUGAUCGAGAAGGACAGCGCCAAGCUGGCGGCCCAGUAUCUCAGAGUCAUUCUCCUCGGCACCCCUGCCUAUGCCAUGUUCGAGAGCGGGAAGCGGUUCGUGCAAGCCCAAGGCCUGUUCCACGCUACCACCUACGUGCUUUUGAUCGCGGCGCCGGCCAAUGUGCUAUUGAACUGGCUCUUUGUGUGGAAGCUCGGGUGGGGUUUCAUCGGCGCUCCGCUGGCGGUCGCGGUAACCCAGAACAUGCUGCCCCUGCUUUUGUUGCUGUAUGUCUGGAAGGUUGACGGGAGGCAGGCAUGGGGAGGCUUCAGGAAGGCGGCGCUGAAGAACUGGGGCCCCAUGGUUCAGCUCGCGCUGCCGGGAAUGGUGAUGGUCGUGGCGGAGUGGUUCGCGUUUGAAAUUCUGACGCUAGCGAGCGGGAGGAUUGGUGUCGCUCACCUGGCGGCGCAGAGUGUUCUUGUUACUGUCACGUCCACAACAUUUCAAAUCCCCUUUCCGUUGUCGAUUGCUGGCUCGACCAGAGUUGCUAACCUGAUCGGGGCUAAGUUGGUGGAUGCUGCGAAGACGUCAGCUAAGGUGACUAUUGUCGGCGGUGUCAUCGUCGGUCUCUUCAACGUGACACUACUGUCCGUCUUCCGGAACCAGAUCGCUCUGUUGUUCACCCAAGACCCCGAGGUGAUCGAGCUGGUGGCCCAGACACUUCCCGUGUGUGCCAUUAUGCAGUUGUUUGAUGGCAUGGCAGCGGUGUCGCAUGGUCUGUUGCGGGGAAUCGGUCGCCAGGAAAUCGGCGGCUAUGUGAACCUCAUCGCGUACUAUGUGGUUGCCUUGCCCUUGUCGUUCGGCUUGGGUUUUAGCUUGGGAUGGGGUCUCGUGGGCUUGUGGAUGGGAGUUACGUUUGGACUGUUACUGGUGUCUUUGGUUGAGUAUUGGUUCAUCUGGUACUCCGAUUGGGAAUUGGCUGCCAGGGAGGCAGAAAACAGAAAUGCCUCUGGUUAGCAGCACCCGAGUGUCUUUCAAUAUUCAAGCAUUUCGGGCGGUCCCACACGCUGCGAUAAGGACGGGAGCAUAUCACUGCGUGCCUCGACAAUGAUCUGGCGCUUAUCACAUUAUUUAGAAUUUCGGAAUUUUACUACUAGUCCUCACGUCGCACGGGUGCUAUAUGGUGACUGAGAGCGGAAAAUCAUCAACUCGGUAAUGGUACCUAGGUUUCCAUCCGUUCUUCGGCGUUUGAGCAUCGUGCUGCUGGCGAGUGUUUUCAGACGAAGUGCAGGGUAAGCGGGCACCCUCGCCUGGCGCGUUGGUCGCUGACGUCUUGUCAGGGGAAACAACAAAUGGGAGUGCUCAUCCGUACUCCAAAGCGUGGGGAAGCGAAUGCAGGGAUCAACGGUACCUGAAUUUCACUACCGAGGGAUGGCUCGGCGGUGAACAAAUCAAUAAAGUGUGCUGUAGCAUUCCCAGCUCAGAGCGAUUAGAAGCUCUGCGUCGAGAACCCCUAUUUUCUGCUUGG